AUGUCCGUGCGCCGCGGCCAGCGGCCCGCGCGGCCCGCCACCCGCCUCUCCUGGCUGCUGUGCUGCAGCGCCCUGCUGUCGCCGGCCGCGGGCUACGUGAUCGUGAGCUCGGUGUCCUGGGCCGUCACCAACGAGGUGGACGAGGAGCUGGACAGCGCCUCCACCGAGGAGGCGCUGCCCGCGCUGCUGGAGGACUCGGGCAGCAUCUGGCAGCGCAGCUUCCCGGCCUCGGCGCACAAGGAGGACGCGCACCUGCCGCCCCCGCCCGGCGCCGCCCGCGCCAGGCCGCCCCCCGCGCCGCCCGGGAUGUUCUCCUACCGGCGCGAGAGCGGCCCCAGGCUGCGCCCCGGCACCGCCCGCUUCCUGGCCCACGCCAGCGCCUGGGGCUGUCUGGCCACCGUGUCCGCCCACGAGAAGAUCCCAGGACUGCCGUUUGGGAACUGCCUGCCCAUCAGCGAUGGCCCCUUGAACAACAGCACUGGGGUUCCUUUCUUCUAUGUGACACCCAGGGACCCUGCAGUGGCCGAUCUGAUGAAAAACCCCAUGGCCUCCCUCCUGCUGCCGGAAUCGGAAGGAGAGUUCUGCAGAAAAAAUAUCGUCGACCCGGAAGACCCCCGAUGCGCCCGCCUGACGCUCACCGGCCAGAUGAUCGCCGUGUCUCCAGAAGAAGUAGAAUUUGCCAAGCAAGCCAUGUUUUCAAGACACCCCGUGAUGAGGAAGUGGCCUCGUCAGUAUGAGUGGUUCUUUAUGAAGAUGAGGAUAGAACAUAUCUGGCUUCAGAAAUGGUAUGGAGGCGUAUCCGACAUUAAAAAGGAGGACUACUUCAAAGCAGUCCCACGCAAGGCCUGAUGCAGUCAGCAGAAAGUCCUCGGGGUUUGCGGGAAACGAGACCCCUUUCCGUCACGCUGCCACACGGCGCCUGACGGCUGUCUGUCUCUUGCCAGCUUCCCGGCUGCCCUGUCACCCUCACCGCAGAACGAGAGAGGGUGACCGGGGAACCCUGGGCCUGGCUGGCGAUUAGAGUGGUCAUUUGCAAGCCCCCAGUUCACGCAGGUACUCACGUAGAUAUAGCCUCCGUUUGUAUCGUAUUCCACCCAGUCUCGCCGACUAGGGAACCCUCAUGGUUGUCAAAGCGACAUGCUGAGACCCUUGCCGUUCCAUUCCUUAGAACAAAAAAAAAAAAAAAAAAGUAUGUGCCAUGUGAUUGCAUUGUAUUGUGAGAGUAUUUUUGUUGCUUGCUGUGCCCAAAGCAGUCUUGGUUCAGAGCUCACCGCGAGCACAAAGGAGCUAAACGUGCAUCGCGUGGCCACGGUCUUGUGUUUGGGGUGAGCACGCAGGACUGGUUGUCUGUGGAGUGCUCAUCAUGCUACUUACUGGACUGCAGAUGCAUGAUCAAGUCACAUUUGCUAGAAUGUCCUGGUCACGUAGGAAGCCUUUGUCCACUACAACCUGACAAACCACCUGUGAACAGAGUCCUGGGCGAAGCCCCGUUAUGUGUGAGCAGGCCGUGGUGACUCCUUCAUCGGGUGGGACAGCUUCAGCACCAAGCUCCCCAGAUCCCCACAGCUAAUGCUUCUGACAGAGGGUUCCCAUCCCUUAGGCACGAGGAGUGGCAUCCAAAAAAAAGCAUCUCAUUCUGUGGCAUGUAGAGAGGACAGGGGAGAGGAGAGGAGCAGGGAAGGAAGCAAGGAAGCAAAGAAGUCAGUAAUUGGAAGCACACUCCCUGCCCAGCCUUAGACCAGGGCCUUGGCAAGAUUAUCUCAUGUCAGCCUGACAACCAAUGAGAGUCACAUCACUGUUGCCACUUACAUACAAGAAAAUUGGGGCUCAGACAGGCUAGGUCAGCGUCCCAGGGUCUGACUCACCACACACAAUGGAUGGAGUGGUACUUAGACAAGUUCCAAUCUUGAGAACAAGACAAGAGAGUCACUGAAAUGCAUGGGUGGUCAUUGAAUCAGCAAAAUCAGUAAAGUGAGGAUUAACCUGCCUAGGCUGAUUUGCCACGGUUAACUAUAAAAAAAAAAAGUCUUUGAAAUUUGAUUGUUACUACAGAUUUAAAAUUUUCUACAAAUUAUAUGCAGGAGCUCCUGGUUUUUCAAGAAACGACAUUGUACCUGAGUACACAUCUAAGGCCUAUAAAGGACCUAUGUGUAUACAUCCAAGACCUCUUACAUUGAAGUCUGUAAAGAUCUAGUAGUACCCAGUUUUCUGUCUUUUUAUAAUGGCUAUGAACCCUCUGUGGUGGGUUAGGUGUGUUGUAUAACAUAAAAAUACACUAUAGGAAAUAUACAUUUUUUAAAAUAAGUAAAAUGUUAUUAAUGAUUAUACUUUAAAAAAUUAAGACAUGAACAGAGUUUGAGGUGUCAAAAUAUUUUUAAGUGCCUGUUACAAAAAGCAUAGUAAGAUGCACAGAAUUCUUUUUUGUCAAAAGCCAAUUCUCAAAAGAGUUCCUAACAAUAACAAUUUCUAAUACAUAAGAAUAAGGUCACUUUGAUGGUAUUUUGUAUUUCCGAGUUAAAAAUUAUCGCUACCCCCAGUUUAGAGGUAAGAGGGGAAAACCAGAAGGAUAAACCACAUACUCCAUAAGUCAACCUCAUACCUUAAUUCUUUGGGCAUCACUACCUCUUGAUUCUGUCUUAUGAAUAAUGUUCGUAUGCUAAGUUUGCUUUUAUAAUCAGGUUCCACUCAGCUCAUUAAAGCCCUCUUUGCUGCUUCAAGGGGCUUUGCAGGGUGGGUGCCAUUUAUAACCACUAAUGAAUGUUAUCAAUUAUUUAUCCAAAUGACAGGAAAUGAGGUCUAAACAGGUUGGAUGAUAAGAGUGUUGAAAGUGUAUCUGGCCCCAUUCAAGCCAGUAGGUUUCAGCAAAUCUCUGAAAAUUUACCUUGAUGAAAAUGUUGAAGGGUGUACUGGAAAUUCUGCACAUGGCAAUAAACAAGAAAAGAAAUUAAAUGCAUGUGACUGGAAAGAAAUAAAAGUAUCUCUGUUUACAGAUGACAUGAUUG